AUGGCUUCUUUUGCAUUCAUCUCUUUCGUCGGCCUCCGCAAAUCUUCGCCGGAAAAACACCACCAUCACUCACUCACCACUCUACCUAAAUGCAUUGCACCAAGCCAAGCUCACUACCGCCGUCUCAAUGUCGUCGCCGCCAAAACCAGCCCAAAAAUCACUGGACGAAACCUUCGAGUCGCAGUCGUUGGCGGUGGUCCUGCCGGUGGAGCAGCUGCCGAAACACUAGCCAAAGGCGGAAUAGAGACGUUCUUGAUCGAGCGCAAACUGGACAAUGCCAAGCCCUGUGGUGGCGCCAUUCCACUUUGCAUGGUCGGAGAAUUUGAGUUGCCGUUGGAUAUCAUUGACCGCCGUGUUACCAAGAUGAAGAUGAUCUCCCCGUCAAACAUUGCCGUCGACAUCGGUCAAACACUCAAACCCCAUGAGUAUAUCGGCAUGGUCCGCCGGGAAGUCCUCGAUGCCUACUUACGUGACCGAGCUGCUACCUCCGGCGCCACCAUCAUCAACGGACUUUUCGUAAAAAUGGACAAACCCCAAGAGAAAAACGCACCUUACGUCCUCCAUUACAACGCCUAUAACGGAAAAACCGGAUCCACCGGAGAAAGGAUGAGUAUCGAAGUCGACGCCAUAAUCGGCGCCGACGGAGCAAACUCCCGUGUCGCAAAAUCCAUUGAAGCCGGAGAUUACGAGUAUGGAAUAGCUUUCCAAGAACGUGUCAAGAUCCCAGACGACAAAAUGCAGUACUACGAGAACGUUGCUGAGUUGUACGUCGGAAACGACGUAUCACCGGACUUCUAUGGAUGGGUGUUUCCAAAAUGCGACCACGUGGCUGUUGGAACAGGAACAGUCACACACAAACCCGACAUCAAAAAGUUCCAGCUUGCCACGCGCCUCCGUACGCAUGACAAGAUUCUUGGCGGAAAGAUCAUACGGGUGGAAGCUCACCCCAUCCCGGAACACCCCCCGUCCAAGGAGAGUGGUGGAGAGGGUAGCCCUGGUAGGAGAUGCGGCGGGGUAUGUGACGAAAUGCUCCGGUGA